UGUCAAUAAAAACAAUGCUAGCCUGAUUCGUUGCGAUCUCCUCGUCAAUCAAUGAGUUAGAUAGUCACUCGUAAUUAGAAUUUGUAACAGAAAUCCUAUAUAAAUUGAGGUAAGCGAUGUUGUGAUACUUUUUCAAACAUAGUGAUAUAUUUUUGACUUUUCAUUGUGAGCACAGACUUUAGUUACUUAUUGAACAUGGCGCUGCCUAACGACAUGUGCGGAAGAUAACGUGCAAUCUUUGUCGUGUUUGUCUCUAUAAAGUGAUUGAAUCUAACUCGUUGUAAUUGUUAAGACCUCUUGUAUACAUUAUUGAGAUCCAGGUAUAAUUCAGUUGUCACUCAAUAGUGAUAUUGCGUGAAAAAAUCGUGUUUUGCAAUGGUGAAAACCAGACGUAGUAACGGAGAGAAUGGGGACGUUGACGAUGGAAAUUACUCACCGAAUGAAGCUGGGAGUGUUUCUGAUGAAAAGGCCUCCAAUUGGUCUCAGAGGGAAUUGAGAAGUAGCCAGUUUCAAGUUAAAAGAAAGAUACAGCGCUGGCCAACAAGAUACAAUCGAAGCAGAUUAAGAUCUAUCAAGAUGCCUCGCAUCAUGUUCCCAGAAAGUGAUACAGAACCUGAAAAGUAUUCUAGAAGAUCUCGUCAAGUGAGGGUAUUUUUUGCGGAUGAAAAUGAUUCAACAAAUAGGAGCAUGAAAAUUCGUAGAAGCCGUGGACCAAGGAAAAAUUAUAUGGAAGAUAGUGAGGAUAAACCAAUACAGCAGAAUGUAAGGCGCAGUUGCCGCAAGCGUAAACUGCUGCAUCACAACUUCAAUGAGAGCUGGAUUACGAACGAGUUGAAAGUGAAAGGGUACCCAGAUCUGUACGGAUUCCCAGCCACAAGCUCUUCUGAUGAAUUCACUUCGGGCGAUGACGCUAGGGUUAAUAAUAAGAAGAUUCAACAAUCAAACAGAAACAGCCUUCCACAAAAUACAGAUGAAGAUACGCAAUUGUCUAGACAGAGAAGAACUUCUGCUAGGUUUAAAAUGAUUAAGGAUGCGUCAGAAUCCGAUUCAGAAAAUGAUAAUAACCAGACAGUCAUCGAGAAGAAAGUAACAGAAUCGGCGCCAAAGACACAAGACGAGAAAAUGGAUACCAGCGAGCCGCAAGUCAAGGAUGAGCCUGAAGCUAAAGAUGACAAGGAUAAGGAGAAGGCGAAAAAUGAGGAUAGUGAAAGCAAUCAGAAGCCCGCUCGAGGCGGCGGGCGAGGCAGGGGCAGAAGACAACAGAAAAAGGAAGAUAGCCAACAAGAGUCAGCGUCCGAGUCAUCAUCGUCGGAGUGCAGCGAGAUCACGCUGCGGCCGCGCCGCUCGAACCGCACGCGCGCCGCCAAGCCGGCCUUCGUGCAGAUCGCGCCGCGGCAGACGCGCGGACGAGGUAACACAUUUACAAUUAGGAAGAAACCAUAUAGUUUAAGAGAACGAAAACCAAAAUUGUCACGUAGGAAAACUAUUCGAUCUCAAUCGCCGUCGAGCAGUAGCAGUAGCAGUAGCACAAGUUCUGAUACUGAAGAGGAUCUCAACGUUUCCAUGAAGAAUAAGACGAAGGGGAGACAAAAGUCGAGAUCCACUGACGAUAAGAAGACUGACAGAGCACUGCGCGAUAUCCAACCAAUAGAUGUAGAUGGCAGUGUGCGGUUUUCAUCGGUGGGAGGGCUAGAAGAGCAUAUAAAAUGUCUCCGCGAAAUGGUCCUCUUUCCACUCAUGUAUCCGGACCUCUUUCAAAAGUUCAAAACUCGUCCAGCCAAGGGGGUUUUGUUCCACGGCCCACCGGGUACCGGAAAGACUUUGUUAGCUAGAGCUCUGGCCAACGAGUGCAGUCUGGUUGGUGGCAGGAAAGUGGCGUUCUUCAUGAGGAAGGGAGCGGAUUGCUUGAAGAAGUGGGUCGGGGAGAGUGAGAGGCAUUUGAAACUACUUUUCCAACAGGCGAACAAAAUGAAACCGUCCAUAAUAUUCUUCGACGAGAUAGAUGCGCUUGCGCCGGUGCGCAGCGUGCGGCAGGAGCAGGUGCACACCAGCGUCGUCGGCACGCUCUUGGCCGAAAUGGAUGGCGUUUGUGAGAGAGGUGAAGUGGUGGUUAUAGGAGCUACAAAUCGACUCGACGCCGUAGACCCGGCACUGCGGAGGGCUGGCAGGUUCGAUCGAGAAUUGCACUUUCCACCACCAAACGCUGGGGGAAGACGGGACAUACUGGAUAUAUACACCAAGGACUGGACUCCACGGCCCAGUGAAGAUACGCUGAACUACAUCGCUGAUAUUACUGGCGGAUAUGGGGGAUCGGAUUUGAAGGCGUUAUGUUCGGAAGCCGUUCUUAAAGCACUGAGAAGAGUUUAUCCACAAGUCUAUGAGAGUGAGCACGCUCUUAUGAUUGAUCCGAGGAAUGUGGAAGUCACCCAAGCGGACUUGGAAUCAGCGAUGGACGGUCUGGUCGCGGCCGGAGCCCGCGCUGCGCCGGCGGCCGCGCAGCGCCUGCCGCCCUUCUGCCGCCCGCUGCUCGCCGCGCAGCUGCGCGCGGUUGCCGCCUCGCUGGUGUUCGGCGAGUGCCGGCGCGCGGAGCGCGGGUGCGUGCUGUACGUGCGCGUGUGCGAGGCGCUGCGCGGCGGGGGCGGCGCGGGCGGCGCGUGCGGCGCGCUGCUGCCGCAGCUGUGGCGCGCGCGCGCCGCCGGCCCGCGCACGCUGCUGCUCGCCGCCGCGCCGCGCGACCUGCCCGACGAGCUCCGCGAAUUAUUUCCCGACUACAAAGAUUGCAUCUAUCGAGUAAGAGAGCCGAACGUGACGGAGGUGAUCAACUUCCUGAAGCCGAUAUUAACGGAAGCGCCUCUCGAGCCCCCUAUCAUUGAGAAUAAUGAGCCGCCCCCUCCAUUACCCAGAGCACCGCCCCCUCCCCCACCAAGAGAGAGUGAAGAAGAGAUAGCGAGACGGAAGCGGAAGGAGGACUACAAAUUACGCGAAUUGAGGAUAUUCCUGCGGGAUAUUUGCAGGAAGCUAGCAUCUAAUAGGCGGUUCUAUAAGUUUACUAAGCCUGUGGAUUUGGAAGAGGUAACGGACUAUUUAGAAAUAAUCAAGCAGCCAAUGGAUCUCGAGACGAUGAUGACAAAAGUGGAUAUGCACAAAUACAACUGCGCCAAAGAGUUCCUGGACGACAUAGAUCUGAUAUGUGCCAACGCUUUGGAGUACAAUCCUGAUAGGACGUCGUCGGACAAGCAGAUACGCCACGAGGCGUGCUCCCUCCGCGACCACGCGCAUGCGCUCAUCGACGUGGAAAUGGACAGCGACUUCGAGCUGGAGUGCCAGCAGAUAGCGCGCCGCCGCGAGGAGGAGGGCGCCGCGGACAACGACCUGCCCGACUUUAUAUACACCGCCUCGAACUUGCCGGAAGGCUUCGAUUCGUCGCAAAACGACAGCAAGUCGAUGCGAACACCGCACAACGGAGAAAAGAGUGACCACAGCGCCAAGAGGAAGCGGCGGCGGAUGAAUGCCUGGUCCAAGGGCCUGGUGGUCAAGCGGCCUAGAACUUCGCAGAGGAGCCUGAAGGAGAGCGGCGCGGCGAUCACGGACGAGGAGUGCAAGGAGAACAAGCCGAUCACGUCGACGCCGCUGCCGCUGCCGCUGCCGCUGGCCAACGGCGACGCGUCGUCCGACGACGACGUGCCGCUGCGCCGCCCCGCCGACGACCAGCUGCACCUCGCGCACACCAACCACCUGCCCAGCCCUGCCAAAUCAACGGAACGGAUAACUAAAACCUCGCCAAAGAAAAGAAACUCCGGCCACGAAGCGUCUGUGGAAGCAGAGAAAGUGCUAAUAAACAAGACUGAAUUAGAUAACAUUCUAUAUAAGAAUGCGAAGUCCCUCCGCGCCAUCGGGCUGGAGGCGCUCAUAGAUCUGUACUCGCAGCUGAACGACGCGGUGCAAGCCUAUAGCGACAAGUGGGACAGAACCAAGCUGCCGCAGGAUCUGCACAGCAUCGUCUCUAGGUAUAUACAGCUGGCGAAGAAGUGAAAAAAAAACAAAAAACAAAUUUUUUUUUCUUGGUGGUAUUUCGUUGUAAUGUGUGUGUAUAUGAAAAUGGCUAAUGAAUUGAAACAGUCAUUGGGCGUGUAAUUUGAUAAUUGUUUUUUUAAUAUAAAUAUCCCCAACUUGAAGGAAAAUAUAACGAAACAGUUUUUUGGUACAAGAUAUUACAUGCUUUUUUCACAAUAUACAGUUCAAAAUGUCCCAAUGACGUCAGAUGUGGAUGAUGAUUAUAGGAAGAAAUUAAUAGCUCUGUCACUUUCUCACAUAUAUGUUAGUGAGAAAGAGAACGCUGAAUGUUAAAUUGCGAUUUUCAUACAUGAAGUCCUCAAUGUAUUAAAAUACACAUUAAAUUAGUUAUGUGAAUUGUUUUUUAUAAUAUGAAAAAUGUUGAUAAGUUAUUGUGAUGAUGGAUAUAGAUGGAAUGUUGUGAAAAAUCACUGUUAGUGAAAUAACAGUGAUUUCACAGUUAUGGUCUGCUAUUUGAAUGUCGUUAUAAAUUAAAAUACGUUGAAUAUAGAAUAUAUGGAUAGUACAAAGUAUGGAUAGCUCUGAAAUAACAACAAUGGUGAAAUUUAUAGGUUAUAAGGUUAAUUUUAAUUUUCUGUUGUUUUCGUUCAAAAAUGUCAAAUCGAAACGUGAAACUUGAUGAAAAUAUAGAACAGUUUAAGAAUUUAAAUGAAUACUGGUGAUAUAUAGAGUAUAGGUUCAGAAAUUAAAAAAAAAAACGUAUUCGCAAAUAAGAUAGAAUAUCAAAUAUCUUUAAAACAUUAUCGUAUAAAAACGAAGAAAAAAGUUUUUUUUUCAAAAUGAAUAAUCAAAUAUUCACUUUCAAAUUACCAGCAUUCAUUUAGGUAAUUUAGCAGCUUAAAUGGUUGUUAUGACACUAAAAUUUUAACUUCACAAAUCCACCACAAGUUAAUAUAUACAGGAAUACAUAAUCAUGCAGACUGCAUUAUUAAAAAUUUACAGCAUUACAGAUUCUUGUACGAUAUAAAUAAUUAACUGAAGAGACAAACUAACUGUGGAAAUAUUGUCUAUCUCUUUUCUAAGGACAAAAAAUGUAUUGCUAUUACAAGAAAAAACAAAAGACUAGAAAGAGAUAGCUAGUAAGUGCACAGUAUUGUUCCCUUAUCACAUUAAUAGCCGACAUUAAGUUGUAGCAAUUGCUACGUCCGUACCUAUAAAAUAAAUAUCUAAUAAAAAUACAAUGUCAAAUAAUAUGUUUCAAAGUACUAUAUAAGUGCGAGCGAGACAGCAUGCUAUGUGGGAGAGAGAUAGCCGGCCCUUGUUGAAGUGGAUUAAAAAAAAUGUUUUUGUGUUUCCCGCCUUCUGUCAGAAUGUCAUUCAAUACAAUAGUUUAGCAAUAUAUAUUCCUGUUGGUUGUUAUGUAGAUGAGAACGAGUCCAAAGCCGUCCAAAGCAUUCAAAAUGUGUUAUUGAUAAUAAUAAAAAUAUUAAUAAAACUUCGACGCUGUGACAGAAGGCCAUUACAUUUUUUUUACUAUUGUCUCAUUAGUAUGAUAGUUAAUAUUAAUUUCAAAUUUUCAUUCGUACAUUAACUCUCUGUAUAUGAAACUUAAUAUUAUCGCUUUAUUUAUUUUUAUCUUAAUCUUAAGCUCUAUAUGACAUCACUUAAUUUGAACUAAUGUAUGUAGGUUAUUACAUGUAAUUAUAAUUUCGCACUGCUAUCUUAGUAUUUUAGAGGUGAACCUCAAUGAAAACAUAAGUUUUAGUCUAUAUAUUUACCCUAUUAAUUGCAUUGCGUUCUGUAUAGACUUGAAUAUAUAGAAUUCAGAUAUAUAUUAAGUAGAUAUAAUAUGUUUUUUAUAUCUAAAUAUAAAACAGUGCGUACACAACGUGGCUUUUUAUCGAUUUUGCUGUUUUUCUCAAAUAAUUUAGAUCAAAAUUAACGAGUCUUAGGAAAAACGAUUGCGCAAUAAGAGCUCUAGCAGUAUGAAAAGUCGUGCUCUGUGUAUUUUUUAUAUUAUGAUACUGGUGACUUUUAUUAAAUAACAUUCAUUUGAAUUUAGAAUAUCGAUUGAAUUUAGAAUUAUUAUUAUGUUUUUUUCUAAAGUGAACAGCAUGUAUGUAUUUAAAAUUUUCAAUAACUUAAUAUGGUCUUCUUUAUUUAAAUAUAUUUAAAUAAUAAAUAACCGCACAAUAUGUAAACAAUACAAACUAAAAAUGUUUCCCAGAGUAGUCCAAGGUAAAAUGAGUUUUUAGUCGUAAGUUCUAUACAACAAAAAUAAUCAUAAUUUGCACCACUAAAGUAUCAUUCUAUGUAAUUUAGUAUAAUGUCAAAUUCGUCACUGCCUCGGAGACCUCAGGCUUUGGCCAAUACUUUAAUAAUAAUAAAAGAGAAGGCGUGUUUGUCGGUUUGUUGUUAACAUAAAAAGUAGCACUAUUUUGUCGUGGUUUUUGGUUAGGGAUAGCUUACACUGGAGUGACGGUUAUCUAUUAAUAAAUGGUUGGAGGAUAUUAAUCUGUAUAUUAAGAUAUUCUGUCCUAGUGUUAACACUAACUUUAAAGCGGAUCUAGAACCUAGGUUAAACAGGAGAAUUAAAAUAUCUGCUUAUAGGCUGAUUCAAGAUUAAUCUGGUAGAUAGGUACCUAAUCAUUGUAACAGACCGUUUUCUUCUAUUAUAUACAAUGUCAAAACGCAUGAAAGCGUUCGAAAUUUGAAAUUAUUUAUCAACUAAAGGAUUUUAAAUCCUAGGUUCUAGUCCGUUUAUUGUUAGAUAAAACCAUAAAAUGUGAUGUAAGAUGUUUAAUGUGAGACAUGCGUAUACAUGUGUAUCUGUUGUGAGAAAAAUUUGUAAUUUUUAAUAGAACUAUGCGAGUUAUUCCGGUUAAAACUAACAUAAGAUAAAUGUAUUUUAAUAAUGAUGAAUAGGUAAGUUAACUUGAAACUUGCAUUAGCACGGCAUCAAUCGAAUCCCACACAAAUACUACAGACCAACUAAUAGGCGCGAGAUGCAACAGACCAAUUUUUAAAUGAAUAAUUCUUAACUAACCUGAGGCAUACACGUCGUACCACUGCCUUAAACAUUUUUACAUGACAACCAAAAUCACCUCAAAUAGUGGCGAAUGGGUCAGAAU